AUGACGCUGUGGUGCGUGCGUGGACGAUGGCGCACGGUUCGCCGUGUGCCCUUGUGUGCGUGUGCUUUUUUGCACAAUGCGUCCGGAUGGUCGGGUGUGCUGGACAAUGCGAAGCAAGCACUUGUAGGUGGUGAAAAUGUGAAUGCGAUGCUGCGCGACCCGUUGGAUGUCGUGGGCCAAGAGCUGUCUUCUACGCGGCACAACAUAGCGUCCCUACUCGGCAGCGGGCACCCCUCGCUGGAUAAGAUUGGGAAGUACUAUUUCCAAGCGGAAGGGAAGCACGUGCGGCCCAUGGUUGUGAUGCUAAUUGCCAAAGCGACGAACGGCCUGAGCCCGGCUUGGGCCAAUGAACGCAUUGCGGGGAUUGGUGCAGAUGUGGACGAGACGAUCAGCCCAGAGCGCGUGCUUAACGAUGUGAACCCCAGCGCACCGGAUGGCGCUGCGCCCGCCUACCCCAUUGUGUCGAAGCCGUACCGUCCUGCACUGCAGCAAGCGAUUCUUCCCACUCAGCGCCGCCUCGCUGAGAUCACGGAAAUGAUCCACGUUGCAUCCUUGCUACACGACGACGUAAUCGACGCUUCGCCCAUGCGUCGCGGUGAGCCGUCGGCACCGAGCACGUUUGGCAACAAGCUGAGCAUCCUUGGCGGCGACUUUUUGCUUGGCCGUGCCUCAAUCGCACUUGCGCGUCUGCGCGACCCCGAAGUGAUUGAGCUUAUGUCUACCGUGAUCGCGAACCUGGUCGAAGGCGAGGUGAUGCAGAUGCGCGCGCAAUCUAUGGAGCAGCUACCUGUUACAGACGUGGGAGCGACGCUCCCCAGCGACUACAUCCUCGACACGUUCUGGGCAAGCGGCGCGUCGCAGCCAGAAAACGGCCCGACUGCAGAAAUGUUCCGCUAUUAUUUGCAAAAGACGUACUUAAAAACUGCGUCAUUGCUCGCGAAAUCUGCGCGCUCUGCGGUGGUGCUGGGGGGCUGUGGACAGAGUACUGCAGAGCGCGACACGCUGGAUGCGACACAACGUGCAGCGAUGGCCAAGAUAUGCGAUACAGCUUACGUGUUUGGGCGCAACGUUGGCAUUGCUUUCCAGCUAGUCGACGACCUGCUUGACUUCAAGUCUAGCUCAGAAGCGUUCGGCAAGCCCUCGGGCGGCGCUGACCUGCAGCUCGGGCUUGCAACUGCACCGGUGCUGUACGCCUGGCAGGAACUGCCGGACUCGGGCAUGGGCGAGAUGGUACGGCGCCGUUUUAGCCGCGAGGGCGAUGUGCAAGAGGCGCUCGCUAUUGUGCGUCGCUCGGGUGGACUGGAACGCACGGCAGAGCUUGCCCGAUACCAUGCGUUCCUUGCGGAGGAAGCAUUGCGAACGCUUCCGGAGAGCGAUGCACGCGCAGCGCUCAUGCAACUGAACCAACAAAUUAUCACCCGGAUAAAGUAG